CCGACGUAGGCGACUCGCUUCUUGUAAGUCCGGCUUCCUUUGAAGACUGCUCCGUAUUCUACUUUCUGGAGCCCACCAUCCAUCCCAAAGUUGAAGCUAUCACCAAGUCGUCAACCCUCCCACUCUCCAAGUCACCACCAACACCACUCUUCCAGACCGAACCCCCCAUCCCAAUAGCCACAAUGGAUAUCCGCGUCCUCCGCCCCUCGGACAUCCCUCUGAUCCAGCACGCCAACAUCGAGAACCUGCCCGAGAACUACUUCCUCAAGUACUACCUGUACCACGCGCUCUCAUGGCCUCAGCUGUCGUAUGUCGCCGUUGACGUGAGCCGCCCGGCCAAGAGCGCCUACGACUACCCCAAGAUCGUCGGCUACGUCCUGGCCAAGAUGGAGGAGGAGCCGACGGACGGAGUGCAGCACGGCCACAUUACGAGCUUGAGCGUGAUGCGCACCCAUAGGCGACUCGGCAUUGCCGAGAAGCUGAUGAGGCAGUCUCAACAAGCAAUGGUCGAAACCUUCGGCGCCCACUACGUCUCUCUGCACGUGCGCGUCUCCAACGCCGCCGCCAUCCACCUGUACCGCGACACUUUGGGCUUCAAGACGGAGAAGACGGAAGCCAAGUACUACGCCGACGGCGAGGACGCCUAUUGCAUGAAGCUCGACCUGGCGCCCAUCCGCGAGGCGCUUUUGGCCGAGCAGCUGGACGAGAAGAAGGACGAGAAGAAGCCACAAAUCGAGGAAGGAAAGCAGGGAUCAUCGGAAGGGGUGGAUGAGGGUGAGGCGGUUGGUGAUGUCGGUCGUGAUCCUGAAGCAGACAACAACAAAAAGGAGGAUAAGACGGUUAAGGUCAAGGUCGGUAGGGGGUUAGGUGUGGGUGAGUUGGUGGAGAGGGAUGAGAGUAAACACUAGAGAUAUAACUACUGCUGCUGCUGCUGUGACGGUGUGCUUGUAAAGAAGGGAAGAAGAAGAAGAGCGUUGAUAUUAGACUUGGCAUCACUGGCUGGGGUUUGGGAAAAGGAAAAAAAGAAAAGACUCUUGUUGAUUUACAGGAGGAGACGGGCGUCUAGAACUAGACCCUGCCCGAGCGAUCACUUCGAAAAUGGUGAAAUGGAUGCAUACCCAGCGUAGUGAGUUGGAUGGAAAAUAUGUGAAUAGUCAUGUAGUCAAUUUGAGAGUAGUUCGGUCUGUAAAUACCCACUGUACGGAUAAAAUCAAAUGAAGCUGGCUUGCUGGACGAAAAGGGGCAAAGUAAACAAUGAAUAAGUAGAAG